AUGAUCUUGACUGAAAAGGACAUCAUACAAACGAGCAAAUGCACUUCGGAGGAAACGGGAUCUCCUGUGGGAAGAGGUUGGUACACUACACCAAAGAGAACCAGAGGAGGUCAGGGCACCCCCAAGCGCAAAAAACACACCAAAGUGGCACACAAAGCUGUCUUUGUAGAGGACACGCCGCUGCUGUCGGAGGAGGGUUUGUCCCGCAGCGUUUUGCAAAACUACACAGUCAGAGACUCCUCUUCAGAGUUUUGCAACUGCCUCAAUGGCGGCUGGUGUCAGGAGGAUGGCGUGUGUGACUGCGCUCAGUUCCAGGCCCUGGGAGACCGCUGCCAGAUUAUACCCAACCAGGGCCAAGAUAGAGAUGGGAUUUGCAGGUCAUGGGGUCAACACCACUAUGAGACGUUUGAUGGGAUGUACUUUUACUUUCCUGGCACUUGCUCCUACAUUCUGGCUCAGGAUUGCCACUCUGCAACACCACAGUACACAGUGUGGAUCCACAACAGCCGAGUGUGCGACGGGAGUGUAUAUUCCUGCCCAAGAGCGCUCAGUCUGCUUUUCCCAAACGAGGAUGAGAUCCACAUAUCUUCAUACCAUGUCUACCAGGGAGGACGCAGGCUCAGUCUGCCUCACACAAUAGGCGGGGUUUUUAUCGAGCGUCUGGCCGAUUACCUGCUGGUGAAAAGUGUUUUCGGCUUCUCACUGGCCUGGGAUGGAGUAUCAGGAGUCUACUUAAAGAUGAGCGAGGAGCACAAGGGCGCCCCUUGUGGCUUGUGUGGGAAUUUCAACAAUAUUGCCGGCGAUGACCUCACCACUGCUCGUGGCAUUCGGACCAAUGAGCCAGCAGUUUUUGCUAACAGCUGGGCGGUGGACCUGCCCCAUGAAAGAGUCUGUCCCUCUGUAGACCUUGACUUCAGUGGACCGUGCGAGUCAGAAUCAGACAUGGAUGAUGCCAUCGAAAAAUGCAGUGCCCUUCUCUUCUUCCCCUUUCUGUCCUGUCAUGAGAAUAUUGAUCCUCAUCCAUUUGUGGCCAGCUGUGUCUCUGACCUCUGUGUAUCUGAUGACAAGGAGACAUUUUGCCGUGCCUUGGUGGAGUACACCCGGGCCUGCUCUCAUGUGGGAUAUCCAGUGAGGGAGUGGAGAGAUAGCUUUUCUUCCUGCAACGACGGCUGCGAGGAGAGCUUCGUCUACAGAGACUGCAUCAGCUGCUGCCCCCCCACCUGCACCUUUGAAAAGGAGUGCCUUGGAACCAAUCUGCAUUGCCUCGAUGGCUGCUACUGUCCUGACGGGCUCAUCCUACAAAAUGGAACAUGCAUCGCUGCUUCUCAGUGUCCGUGUGUUUACCACGGUACAUCAUACGGGCAUGGGCACACGCUUCGACAGGGUUGCAAUGUUUGUGUCUGCAUGGGAGGAGUGUGGAACUGCACUGAGAACAACUGCACAGCGGAAUGUUCUGUAGUGGGGGACGUGUUUGUGACCACGUUCGACGGGAGAAUGUUUCUCCAGCCAGGAGCUUGCCAGUACGUCCUCGUUAAGAGUCGGGGCAGCAGCAGAUUCACCGUCACGCUGCAGUACACAACCUGCACUGAGAAGCAGGUGUGUAUUCAGUCUGUGACACUAGUGAUGGAGGAAGAUGUGAGUCGUCAGAUCACUCUGACCAGAGAAGGUGGUGUGAUGGUCGGAGUAAACUCGGCACCUGUCCUGCCCUAUUUUGAUGAUGCGUUGGAUGUGCGCAAGCUGACCUCCGUGUUCACCCAACUAAAGGCAAGGAUCGGGCUGAAGCUGCAAUAUGACGGCAGAGGAGGGCGAAUCCAUCUGCAGCUGGACAGCCGCUGGCGAGGACUGACGCUUGGCCUAUGUGGAACCUUGAAUGGGAAUCUUAGAGAUGACUUCCUGUCUCCUGCAGGCAUGAUAGAGGGAACACCGCAGCUCCAUGCCAAUGCUUGGAAGGUGUCUUCAGCUUGUGUAGCCCCGGUUAACCUGCCCAUUGUUGACCCCUGCGAGAUAAACCUACAGAAUGUAUUCUAUGCCUCCCAGUGUGAGGUGCUCCUGGGGAGUGUGUUCGCCCUGUGUCAUGGCUACAUCAGUCCCAACAUCUACCAACAGCAAUGUCGCUACCAGGCCUGCCGUUGUGGGAGCAGUUGUCUGUGCACCUCUCUAGCUCACUAUACUCUGCUCUGCUCCAAGCACGGUGUUGAUGUUCCUUUCAGGGCACAUGUCUCUGACUGUGGAGUGGUGUGUCUCGGAGGGAUGCUGUACCACUCGUGCGUGUCAUCUUGCGGGCGGUCCUGUCGUGCUUUGUCCAGCCUGGAAAUUUGUAACCCCGACGACUGCGCGGAAGGGUGUGGAUGUCCCGACGGCAGUUACUAUGACGACGUUCGCCAGCGAUGCGUGCGACUGGCUCAGUGCCACUGUUACACAAUGGCUGGCGUAUCACAGCCAGGAGAGGUUGUCUUCAGCGCAUCUGGUCCAUGCCUGUGCAGGAAUGGGAAGCUAGAGUGUGUGCCAGAAAAAAAAGAGACAGAUAGUGCAGAGACUGGGGAGUGUCCCGCGGGCAAAGUGUACCAUAGUUGCACCGAGCUGAGAGGAGGAGUGGCCUGCGCGCCGACCUGUCGCAACCUCAUGUUGAACGUCACCUGCCCACAAAACACGCCAUGCAUCCCAGGCUGCAUCUGCCCUGCUGGGCUGGUGCUGCACCGUGGGGAGUGUUACUAUCCAGAGAACUGUCCCUGUGUCUGGCUUGGCCUGGAGUACCUCCCAGCAGAGACUGUGCAAACACCCUGUUAUAAAUGUGUGUGUCACCGUGGCUAUUUUAACUGUAGCUAUUCACCAUGUCCAGCUGUGUGUACUGUCUACAGUGACAGACAUUACCACACCUUUGACGGCCUGGAGUAUGACUACCAUUCCGACUGCCAGGUCUACCUCCUGAAAAGUUCGGGAGAAACCGAAGUAUCCAUUGUUGCCCAAAAUAAGGACUGCUAUGAAAGUGGAAUUGUGUGCAUGAAAACUUUGGUCGUACACGUGGGACUUACCAAGAUCUACUUCAUGGACAACUCUGGCAACCCUAGCCCAUCCACCCAGGUUGGCCGAGAGUCCGUGUUUGAGCUGUGGAAAGCGGGCUACUACACUGUUGUCCACUUCCCCAAUCAGGACCUGACUGUUCUGUGGGACCGCAAGACAACUGUGCACAUCAGGAUUGGACCUCAGUGGAAGGGCGUUCUCAGUGGGCUAUGUGGAAAUUUUGACGGUGUGACAGUGAAUGAUAUGACCACGUCGAGCCACAUGGAGGUCAACAAUGCACAGACCUUUGGAGAUAGCUGGACACUGGGACAGUGCCAAAGCGACUAUGUAGUGGAGCGACCGUGUGAAGCUGACUUGGGGAGACAGCCAUACGCCAAGAGGGAAUGUGCACGCCUGUAUAGUGAUGUUUUUGCGCCCUGCCACAAUGUGGUGGAUGUGGCCUGGUUCUACAGAAACUGCCUGACGGACACUUGCAACUGUGACCGAGGGGGCGACUGUGAGUGCCUGUGCACAUCCAUUGCUGCCUACGCACACAAAUGUUGCCAGCAGGGCGUCACCAUACACUGGAGAUCACCCUCUCUGUGUUCUCAGGAUUGUGAAUACUAUAAUAAAGGGCUCGGCGAUGGCCCUUAUUCCUUGGUGAGCGCUGUCCAUAGCAACACGAUGAUGGGAGUAAAUCGCACAAGCGGCUCAGUGUUUCCUCUGCUGAGGGACAGUUCAGGACAUUUGCCCACCACUGGACUACUUUUCAACUUCAUGGUGACUACAGGUCUGCAGAAAAACCGAACGUCACGCGUCCCCAUGGUGUCCCUAGAGUCUGCAGAGAGACCCAACUAUUUCCUCGUGGUGGCGGGGAAGAGAUGUCUCCAGCUGGAGCGCUGGAGUCGAGGGGAGGAGUUUCAACGCAGAGCGACUUUUAUCCAGCAUCAGGGGCUGUUUCUGCCCGGUCACGCCUCCUUCGAAGUCGCCAGCCAACCUGGAACCUUUCUGACACUGACACGCACUGCAGCACGAGCCCUGAGAUACGACACCUCCAGUGGCUUCAAAGCCAGCAGCAGCUUCAUACUGGAAGAGACUCAUCUGGUCAUCCCCUACCGUAUGAUGUGCGAGUGGCGCUAUCAUGCCUGUGCCAGCCCUUGCGUGCGCACAUGCGGUGACCCAGAUGCUACACGCUGCCAGUUCCUGCCUCUUGUGGAGGGCUGCUUCCCACGAUGUCCCAAAAACAUGGUGCUAGAUGAAGUCACCAGCAGAUGUGUCUACAUGGAGGAUUGUGUGACUCUUCCCCCGACACUCACAACUUUUGCAUUUGUGACAUGGCCCAACAUAACGACGAUGCCAUCGACGACGAGGACAAGGCCGACAACAACCACGACAAGCACAGCUGCAGCAAUCACGACCUCUUCCACCACCAUGAGACCAACAACUACCACCAUGAGACCAACAACCACCGCCACUACUAUCAGUCCAUCUCCCCAGGCUACUACAAUUACGACCACCUUAACAGAAUCUACCCCCACCCUGACACGCCCAUCUGCUGCUCCACCAACCGCUCGACCUCAUCCCUCCACUACUGGCACCACAAGACCAGUGCCACCAGUACCGAUAACCUCCACAGCACCUCCUGUGAUAAUCGUCGAUACUACAAAAACGACAGCGAAGACCUCGACUGUUGCUGUGGCAACCUUGGCACCAAUGCGCACAACCACUGAGCCAGUCACGAGCAAAAUCUUAACAAGUCCAGACAUCUCUGCUACCACAUCCCCAGUUCUCAUGGCCACUACACCCUGUACUCCUCCAUAUGUCUACCGUAUUGAUGAGUGUGCAGAGCUCAUCUGUUUCAAUGGGCAGCUGCUGCUUUACAACGCAUCCCUGCAUUGCCGCUUCAAUACUACUCGCCCUAAAUGCAGUCUGCUAGGCCUGCCCAUCCUUGCCAACAUGGACCCUUGCUGUCCGCAAUGGCAGUGUCCUUGUCGCUGCACCGUGAUGUCUGACCUGCGCGUGAUCACUUUUGACGGGAAUAACGUGGCAUUGUACGAUGACGGCUCCUACAUCCUGGUGAAGCUUCCAACAGAGACUAUUAUUGGCACUGUGGAGAAAUGUCCAACAAGCCAGAGCAUGAACUCAAUCAGAAGACCUAGUCCAACAGGUGGAACAUUUGGUCUGUGUUUAAAGAAAUUGAAUAUUACUACCCAUUCAGACCACGUCAUUAUCAAUCGACUGGAUCGAAAGGUUAUAGUCAACUACAAGCCAACCAGGCUGCCGUUCUCCCACCUUUCUCUUCAUGUGGAAGAUACCGGCAUGAUGUAUCUGAUCAGCACGCCUGGCCAUGUUAGUAUACAGUGGUAUCACAGCACCGGGAUUGCAGUGUUGCAGUAUAUAACCCCCAACGUGACAUCUGUGCCCAUUCAAGGCCUGUGUGGUUGCUGUGAUGGCAACGCGGAGAACGACCUGAGGCUACCUAACGGCACAGUGGUCAGAGAGGUGGGAGACAUGAUGCUCCUCCUGCAAGCUUGGAGGGUGCCCACACCGGAUGAAACCGAGCACGCUCGCAGGGUUGGAGAAAACUGCACCAUCGGAGACUGCUCCAUCUGUCUGCACAUGCUCCACCAGAGAGCCUUCACACCGUGCCAUAGCAAGGUUCCUCCGGAUCAGUUUUGUGACAUCAUGUGGGCGGGGGACCUUCACUACAAGGACCACCAGUGUGACUUCCUGGCAGCGUAUGUGGCCGUCUGCUACACCCAUCAAGUGUGCAUCAGCUGGAGGCGACACAACUUCUGCCCACUAAGGUGUCCCCUGGGGAAGGAGUAUCAGCCGUGUGUGAGCACCUGUGCUAGUCAAACCUGUCAGAACAGAGACUACUAUGAUGAGACAGCCUGUGCUCUAAUCAGGGAGGAGUGUGUUUGUCACAGCGGAACUGUCUUGCAUCGUCCAGACUCUCCUCGCUGUGUGACUGAGGAUCAAUGUGCGUGCACAGAUAACGAAGGUAACCCCCGGUCCCCUGGCGAGGUGUGGAAUGGCUCCACUCACAGCUGCUGUCUGUACCAAUGUACGGACAAUGGCUCUGUGGUGGCUGUGGAGCCUGACUGCAGCUUUUCCCCAUCCCCGCUGUGUGAGAGACAGGGAGAGUACGUGCUAGAAGUGCUGGAGGAAGGAGCAUGCUGCCCGAAGAAGAUCUGUGAUUGCAACAUGACCAUUUGUGAUGAUGAAGCACCAAAAUGUGACGAUGGGGACCACCUGGUGAUGAGAUACAGCAGCCUGUCCUGCUGUCCAGAGUACAGAUGUGACUGUGACCCCACAGCAUGCCCCCACGACCCUGCCCCAAAUUGUAGGGAGGACCAAUUUUUAGUAGAGAUCAGAGUCGGGAAACUGUGCUGCUAUUCUUACCUCUGUGUGUGUGAGUCGUGCAUUGAGCCUGUUCCAACCUGCUCACAUGGAGAGAUCCUGGCUGUGGACCUAAACACUACUAGUAGCUGCUGCCCACAGUAUCAUUGUGUGUGCGACAUCAACAAGUGUUCUGAAUCAUCCGUGAGUUGUGCAUCUGGUCUUACUUUGGUCCAAAGUACUCCACCUGGCCAUUGUUGUCCGCAGCAGCACUGUGAAUGCAAAUGUGAAGAUGGCACCCUGCCUCUAUGUCCGCUUGGGGAGGUUCUGUUGGAGGUCCCAGACAGCAGCAGCCACUGUGGCUGUCCUCAACACGAGUGCCAGAAAGCCGAGGUGUGUGUUUUCCAAGGGUUGACAGUGCUUGGGCCAGGCCAGUCGCUCAUUCAGUACUUUGAGGAAGAGCUGUGCUACACAGUCCACUGCCUGCAUCACAAAGAUCCAAUGACUGGCUUCUAUGCCAUGGAGAUCACCUCAGUCAACUGUUCCGGAAAAUGUGGGCCUCACCAAGUGUACGUCGCAUCCACUGACCCACAGGUGUGCUGCGGCUCCUGUAAAAAUGUCUCCUGCACCUUCACCGACGACAUCGGCAUGACAGAGCUUUUUGCUGCGGGGAGCUUCUGGGUGGAGAACUGUACUCGAUAUGACUGUGUGGAAACAGCAGUGGGUGCAAUGGUGUUGGCCUCCAGCGUAGUUUGCCCACCUUUCAACAACACAGAGUGCAUUCAGAACGGUGGCGUGGUUCAGAGUUACGUAGACGGCUGCUGCAAGACAUGUAAAGAAGACAGUAAGACAUGCAAGCGAGUGGCCAUCCGGACUACCAUACGUAGGGAUGACUGCAGGAGCAACACACCAGUGACUGUCUUCUCCUGCGAUGGCAAAUGUCCGUCCGCCACCAUCUUCAACUUCAACAUCAACAGUCACGCCAGGUUCUGCAAGUGCUGCCGUGAGAGCAGACUGCAGUCCCGUGCGGUCUCGCUGUUCUGCACACGCAACGGCACCAGUGUGCAGUACUACUUCCAGGAGCCUCUGGACUGCACCUGCCAAUGGAACUGAAUGGAAGAAUAACAGAAGGGGAGAUCUCUGAUCAGUGCCUGAAAUAAUAAAUGGAAGGAGGUAUGA